AGACUGGGGAGGCCUGGGGUGGAGGUGAAAAUAAAGCACCCAAGUGAUGCUGCAGUGAUCCAGAUUGUUUUUGGGGUGAAUGAUGGGCUACUCUGCUCUGCCCUCACUGAUGACUCCAUCUACUUAUGGAACAUACGGCAAAAGCUCCCUGAGAUUGCCCAUACCAUCAAACUCAAUCGGGAAAGAGUGACAUACAUCCACCUUCCUGUGAGGAGCAAAUACCUGUAUGUGGGGACUGACAAAGGAAAUGUAUACAUCGUGAAUGCCAGCACCUUUGAGCUAUCUGGCUAUUGCAUCAACUGGAAUAAGGCCAUUGAAAUAACAACCAAGACUCAUCCUGGCCCAGUGGUUCAUCUGAGUGAAAAUCCCCUAGACAAUUCCAGGCUCCUGAUUGGUUUUGAGAUGGGUCAAUUGGUUCUAUGGGACCUAACAAAGAAGGUUGGGGAGAUGCGGUUCUAUCUUCUCCCACCGGAUUCCCCCAGUCCUGGACCCUGCCUCCGCUCUGCAUCAUGGUUUUCAGAUGGGCGGCAGUUCCUCUCUUCGCACACUGAUGGAUCCCUUGUUACCUGGAACAUACGCCAGCCCAGACCUGUCUCAGCUCCCUGCUACCCACAUGGUCGGAUGGGGAAGGAUGGUAAGACGGAGUUGUGCAAACCUAUCCAGAAGGUAGAGUGGAAGUCUUUUCGAUCUGGGUAUCGACUGGGAGGAAAGGUUCCGUGGGCUGACGGUAGAGGAGCAAUGGGGGGCGCUCAAGACAUUAUUGCAGAGCUUUAUGGAGAAAUGCAUCCCCAAGAAGUCCAUGAAAUCGGUCAGGCAACCGGUCUGGUUUACGGGACCAUCACGAGGACGUUGAAGCGGGAAAUGAGGUCUGCGAGACGGGAGAUCGAGGAACGGCUGGCUAGCGAUGCUAAGAGGAACCCCAAGGCUUUUUAUCGGGAGGUGCGAGAGGCUUUCACAAUCUUCUCAGGAGGGUUGAGUGCAGAGCGUGGUGGUCGUACCCCAAGCCUCACUGUCAUUCAGGGCAAGACAACCACUGUCCUUGAGAUGGAACACACCCUCAUAGACUUCAUCACUCUCUGUGACAAACCUUGGGCUUCCGAUGUGCAAGACCCAUAUGCAGUGGCAGUUUUGCUGAGCAAUGAUUUGGUGAUGGUGGAUCUAACCACAUCAGGCUACCCAUGCUUUGAGAACCCCUAUCCAAUGGAUAUCCAUGAGUCACCUGUGACAUUUUGCACCUACCUGGUGGACUGCCCCACAGAUGUUAUUGGAUCCCUCUAUUCUGUGGGCUCCAGGGCACCCAAGAGGGCUGGAUUCUCAGAGAAGCCUUGGCCCAUCUCUGGUGGAUCACCAGGCACCCCCAACACCAGCUAUUCUGAGAUUGUCCUUACUGGGCAUGCGGAUGGGAGUAUCAAGUUCUGGGAUGCAUCAGCCAUCUCUCUUCAGAUCCUUUACAAGCUGAAGACAGGGAAGGUGUUUGAAAAGCCCAAGGCUAAGAGUGUUGAUGGGUCAAACGAGGAUCCAUUUGCCAUUCACCACAUCUCCUGGUCUCCUGAAAGUCGCCUUCUAUGUAUUGCUGGUGCAUCAUCAUAUAUCAUUGUCUUCAGGUUCCGCCGCCAGGAUUCUGCCUCUGAAAUCAGUUUCCUGGAGAUUCCCAUCAUUUAUGAACUGUGUGAGGACACAGAAUCCCCUGAAUUUGACUACACCCCAAGGCCCACUCUUGGAGUUGCAGCCCAGUCAUCAGCCUACUCGGAAAACAAUGAUAGCAAGAAGGCAUGUGUGGAGUACUUUGUGCCACUGAAGGUGAAAAGUGGGGCUCAGAAGAAGGGAGCUGGGUUUCAGCCAGAAUUGGUCUGUCUGACACCUUGGGUUGAUGGUAUUCCACCUGGACCCAUCACUGCCCUCCAGGUCAAUUCUGCCUACAACCUAUUGGCAUAUGGAAAUGAGUCAGGACUAGUGAUAGUGGACAUAGUGCAGAAGACCUGUCUGUUGAACAUGGGGACCCCUGACCUGUAUGGAACAGCAGACCCGUACCAGCGCUCCAUUCGAUCCCCCAAGAAAGUCCUGGAAAGCAUGCCAAACUCCAAGGAUCAGGACUCUCCCACACUUGAACAGCUGGGCAGUGUUCUCCUUGUCAAAGAUCAUGAGGUCGUGCCUGUUGCAGAUGAUGGUACAGUCUGUAAUUAUGAGCAUGUCCCAGAGUACUUUUUGUGGAAGAGUUCUCCACUACAGACUGGCAGACCUGAAACUGAUGCCAUUCCCACUGCUAAGAUUCCAUCUCCAGCUGCCCUUGAGGCACUUCCAGAGCCAUCAAUGAAGCUCAAGUCCAUCUUCCUUAACAACUUGGAAGAUGUAAACAUCGAGGAGAUCUACCAGAUCAUCAAUAGCUGCAAUCUUGCAAAACGUGAUCUGAGUGAGCUCAACUAUCAUGCCUUUGCUGCUGCCCUUACCAUUCAUCAUAAAUGGCAACCACAAGAAAAUCCAACUCCAGGGAAGCACCCUUCCAUGAUUCCACCAUGGAAGAAAUGGCUCCAUUAUUAUCAAGUGGCUUCUUUGCCUCCUACUGUCCCUGUCUUGACACCCCCCAAUGAGUCUCCAGAGCUUGGAGGAAGUGCUCUUUCCAAAUGGGUGAUCAAGGACUUGGGUCAAAAUGUCCUCCAUGGAAUAUGGACACUCGCCCUUUUACCCAUCCAGGUCCUGCAAUUCCAGGAGGAAGCUGAGAAGCCUGCGGAUGAUGAGCCGAGGCCAGGCUUGUCUAGGUCACCCUCCCCCAAGCCUCCAUCACAGCGCCCAAUGGUGGCAGCAAAACGGAAGGUGAACUCAUGGAAGCUGGUGCAGAACCUCUUGGGCAUCAAUGCCCAGCCGGACCGUAUUAUGGGGCGUGAUGUCUUAGUACACAUGCGAGACCUCAGGGAAUCCUCCCAGGAACCUCUGAUCCAAAUGGCCAACGAGCUAUGCAUGGGAGCAUCUGCCACACCGCUGCAGCAAUCUAGUAGCUCAACAGCAGCAGCCACCUCCAAUCUCCCAUCCCGCCGUCCCGUCGUGAACCAGGGCUCCGGGGAGAGUGGCGGAGGAGUGCCAAGUAGCCAUGCAUUCAAGCGUGCCAAGUCCCAAGGUAUCACUGUACCACGGCGCAAGGGGAAUGCUGUCCUACAGAAGUGUGCCAGCAUCGCAUGCACGCCAUCGGAUGCAGUGGGCGGGACCGACCCAGUCGCACCCGUCUCUGCUCCGUCCACUUCUGCUUCUUCCUUCUCCUCUCUCUCUUCCUCUUACUACUCGAUUGUGUUGCGGCCCCGGGUCCGCACCCUUCCCAGGCAGCAGAAGACCAUCGGGGAGAAGCUGCAGGGGUCAGAGUCUGGUGUGAGUAGUCGCUCACGGUCAUCAAGCAUGUCCAGCCUGGACAACAUCAGCUCUGAGGCCAUCUCUGCCCUUACAUUCCAAGACUCCUUCGCCCGCAAAGGAGAUGCUUCAACUAGUCCCACAUUGUGGGUGGGCACAAACCUGGGCUCAGUGCUUGUGAUAAUCCUCAACUUCCCCCUCAGCCCGGAUCUCCGGAAUACUCAACCUGUCAUUGUCUCUCCCAGUGGUACAAUCUUCCGACUGAAAGGCUCAAUCCUGUCGCUGACAUUCUUGGAUAGCAUGGGAAUUCGAAUCCCUGAACCCUCAUCCUCCUGGAAAGACAAGGACAAGGAAAAGGACAAAGAAAAGGACAAGGAGAAGGAUAGGGAAAAAGAGAAGGAAAGGUCUCCAAUACUGGGGAAUCCUAUGUCGGGCUCCACAUCAUCAAGUGAGGAUGUUGACCUCCAGUUCCUGGUGAUGACCUCAGAGAAGCAAGCUCGGGUCAUGGCGCUUCCAUCCCAGCAAUGCCUCUAUCGACAGCAGAUCACUGACAACUCAUUUGUUAUCAAGGCUGCUGUCACUUCCAUUGAGGGUUGUGAGUGCCUGGUGUGUUAUGUGGCGACAGGGCAUCUCUCCAUUCUCAGUCUCCCCAGCCUGCGUCCUCUGGCCUCUGUGGAAUUCCUACCUCUCUCAGCACUCAGUUUCCACCAGAUCACCAAAGCCGGGCUUGUAGAUCCCAUGCUCUCCAUUUGGGGACAACAGAUCUUUGUCACUGAAGACAUGCCACAGAUCACUCGGACAUUUUGUGUGAGCAACCUUGGCCUAGGCCUAUACCUGGCAUCCCCAUCGGAGCUGCAACGCUUCAGCAUCUCAACAUCGUACUGCAACAACCUGUGUGAGAUGCUUCCUGAACUUCAUGUGACUCAAGAGACUCCUGAGCAGCCCAAGGAGGGAUUCUUCAAGGGCCUCUUCACCGGUGGUGCUAAGUUGGUCGACCGUGAUGACCUCUUUGGGGAGUCAAGUGGGAAGCCAAACCGAACUGUAGCUAAACACAUUCCUGGGACAGGAGGAAACCUGGAGAAUCUCAGUAAGGGGGCAAGUGGAACUGGAUCUGAGAUUGGUCGAGCAAAGCAACUGGCCUUGGAGCGUGGGGAGCGCCUGAGCCAGCUGGAAGAUCGGACAGCCAAGAUGGCCAUGGAUGCUGAGGUCUUCUCCAAGACUGCUCAUGACCUUAUGCUGAAAAGCAAGGACAAAAAAUGGUAUCAGCUCUGAUUAUGCUGCCAUCAGCUGCUUCUUCGCCUAUUUCCUUCUCCCGCUGGGUUGUGAUGAUAUGCAAGAGCUCCCAAUACCUGAUUCCCAGUUACCCCACUUCCUUUCCCCAAAAGGGAAAAAAGGCCCAAGAUUUGUAUUCUCCAGCAUGAAAAAUUCUACAAGACUCUUGCAGU